GUGAUUCUUCAUCCAAUGGAAUUUGCAAGUAGGCAUCAUGCAUAUCUGUCAUAGGAAACUAACAUCCUGCGCCAAGCCUGUCCAUGAAUUCCUUAGGGCGGGGUAAUGAAUAAGUGUCAACUAACCAUCUGUGGGUUGACCAGACUUCAAGUCAACACAAAUACGAAUGCAACCAGAAGGCUUAGGCAAUAAAAAUAGUGGACCUGUCCAUCAACUGGCAAUUACACCAUUAUCUUGCAAUUCUUUCAGUUCACUGGCUACUUUGUCUCGUAAAGCAAUUGGAAUGGGGUGACCAUGAAAAAAUGUAGGCUGUGCAUUGUCUUGCAGUGUCACAUGCACUACGAGGUUAUUAGCUUUUCCCAUUACUUCUGAAAAUAGUUUAAAAAUUCUUUAAGCAACUUAGCAACACUUGUCUUUUGGAUCACAAGCCAAUAUGGAAAGUUCAUUGUCUUGGAUGGUGUGCACAAACAAAUGAAAUGCAUCUAAUCUGAAAAUGUUCUCACUGUACCUUGAUUUCAACACUGUCCUAGUAUGAGAUUUGUAAGUUGCAGGCAAACUACACUGUCCAAGCACUGGAAUUUCCUGUCUGAUGUAAGUAGUGAGGUGCUUGUUAGAUUCAGAAAGGCAUGGUGAGCCUAGCUGUUUUUACGUGGCAUGAUUAAGCAAAGUGACUGAGGCACCUGUGUCUAACUGAAAGUUCUCACGGCAGCCAGCAAUUCAUAAUCAGACAAAUAGUUUGGACAUCGUUGCACAUCACUAAGGUAUCUGAAGGAGAUGGAAUGCCAUCAGAAGUAUGUUACAAUUGCAUGCACCAACUGGAAAGCUCAUACAGAUUCAGACAGAAGUGUGAAGAAGCAGAUACUAAGCUUAGGAAACUACUGAGAGCUGCCAAAGAUGCGGAAACAAAUCAACAAGAAUUUCAUGAAACUGACUUCGUCAGUGUCAAGAGCAACCUUUUUAACCUUCAAAUUAUGGCAACAGAAACAACAGAAAAAUCGACCACAUUAUUUGUCUGCGGCUCUCCAAAUCACAGUAAUUCUGAGUUGAUUUCUUCGGAUAUAUUUCCUAUUAAUAAAAGCCUCUGUCCAACAUUGUCAGAUUCCACAACAAUAGAUUGUAAAUCAAGUUCUAACCCAGUCUGUGAUUUGAGUGAUUUGCUUAUUCCAAAUGUACAUAAAUCAUUGUGUAAUUCAUCACAGGUAGAUACUACUACAUCAGAAUGCGAAUUAGAAGCUGGUGAAAAACAACAAUCGGAUGACAGUUUGAAGGAAAUGGAAAAUUUGUCUUGUAGCGAAGUUCAUUCUGUUGUGGCAAGCACAGGUGAUAUCCAUUCUCAGGUAAAGAGUGAAAAAAAUACUCAAAAUUCAUUACAACUACCUGAAAAUUGUCAGAAUUCAAAUCCUUCAUAUACAGGAAAUCAGCCAUUCAUAUUUUCUCCAACACUGAAAAAUGAAGAAAUUACAGCAGAACGUUUGGACGGCAGCAAAGCACACCUUGACAUGAAGGAGUUGGGAAAUGUGAACUGUGGUUCAUCUGGAGUGGUUCAGUGCAGGACUGUUUCUGAUUACAAACUGAUUUUCAAAUGUGAUAAAUGUCCCAAGAGGUUCAGCAAGAGACUAGACCUGAAGCGACACACUUCUGUUCACAAUCAGCAAAGAGGAUUUGUCUGUGGAAUAUGUGAAAAAUGGUGCCCUAAUCAAACAAAUUUCAAGCGACACGAGAGAACACAUACUGGUGAACGGCCAUUUUCCUGUAAAUACUGUUCAAAGAGUUUUUCACAGACUGCUAUCCUUAACCGGCAUAUGAUGAUUCAUACUGGUGAAAAACCAUUCCAGUGCAACGCAUGUGGAAAGAAAUUUACUCAAAAAGAAAGUCUUAAAGUACAUUCAAGGCAACAUUUGUCUGGAAAUGAUAUCACGACCUUUCAGUACAAAUGUCCAUUUUGUGAAAAAUCUUUCCGCCACCAGUCUGGCCUUUCAAGACAUUUGAUGUCUCACACAGGAAAAACAUUUAGUUGUAACCUUUGUCCAAAAACAUUUACAGACCAAUCAUCUUUGAAAAGACACCUUAAACGACAUUUUGAAAUAAAAUCUUGAUGAAGCUUAAA